AAAUCACUGAAAAAUGGGAGAUCACUAUGGAUUCUCACUCACCACCUUCAGCCCAUCGGGAAAAUUGAUGCAAAUCGAAUAUGCAUUGAAUGCUGUCAAGAAUGGGCAACCAUCGGUUGGACUGAGAGCUAAAGACGGAGUCGUUCUUGCGACCGAGAAUGUCGGAUCUGUUCUCACCGAUGACCAGCCAAAGGUAGAACAAAUCAGCAAGCAUAUUGGAUGCGUCUACAGUGGAAUGGGACCAGACUUCCGUAUUUUGGUGAAGAAAGCUCGCAAGAUUGCUAUGGAAUACGAAAUGAUGUACGGCGAGGAAAUGCCAACCAUUCAACUUGUCACUGACAUCGCGGCCGUAAUGCAGGAAUAUACUCAAUCUGGUGGUGUUCGUCCGUUUGGAGCAUCGCUUCUUAUCGCAGGUUGGGACAAAAAUCCAGGACGGCCAUUGCUCUUCCAAUGUGAUCCAUCUGGAGCUUACUUCGCAUGGAAAGCAACAGCACUCGGGAAAAACGACGUCAAUGCGAAAACAUUCCUCGAGAAGCGCUUCAGCGAGGCCCUCGAGCUCGAUGAUGGAAUUCACACUGCUCUUCUGACACUGAGAGAAUCGUUCGAUGUUGGCAUGAACGAGAACAACGUUGAGGUGGCUGUUUGUAACUCGACCGGAUUCCAUCGGCUCACCAAGCAACAAGUCCAUGAUCACCUUGGAACUCUUUAAAUCGAGUGAUUUCACAAUUUUCUUUCUUUCUUUUCUCUAAUUUAUUCUAUGUAUUCUCCCAUCUAUCCGUACCCGGUAGUAAUCUCUUUUUGCUACGGUGUUUUGUUGGAACAAUGAAUCCUUUUACCGUUUU